GAGGGGAGACUCUGCAGUGUCUUGGCAGCUGCAUUAUAGCAUCUCCCACCGUCCGUGGAGCCUCCACGGCCAAUGCCUGCCUCCUCCGCGUCCACCUGACAGCGCAGAAACCGAUAUGAAGUGAAGCCGAGCCGGACACUCGCUAUCUGUGUGCCCCCCGGAGACGGUCCGGAGCGCUUCGUUCACGCACCAAAACCUCCCCGUGACGAGAAUCUUUAAUGGAAAAUGGCGAUAGGCGAAAGGUCUUGCAGCAGCGUCUGCUUGGUAUCUCUCCAGAUUAUCUUGAUGCUCAGCGCGUCGUGGCCUGGAGCGGAGGGGCUCACAUUCCCACAGCAGUACACGAUAAUGCACUGGGCCCGGCGUAUCGAGCAGGAGAUUGACAGAGUCUUUCAGCACAUCACUGGAGCUCAGCAGUUGAAAGGGAUAUACAAUGAAGAAAGACGGCGGUUUAGUCUGGUGAAGAAUCAGCCUCGGAAGAUUGUGGAGAAGGUGGCCUUGGAUAUAGAGAAGCUCCUGGCCAAGAAACGUAAAGCACUAGAUAGGUUAGCCAGUGAAGCAGAGCGGCUCCAACGAGAGCAUCUAUGGCAGGAUGGAAUCAAGGAGCUUGACAUGGCUUAUUAUGACUCCAAGGCAGAGCUGGAUUAUUACUCCAUGGACGGGGAAGGAGAGGUGGAAAAUCCUUCUCACAUCAAGCUGGAGUUUGUGUAUGAUCCAAACUUCAAAAACAACGUCAACUAUUCCUACACGGCCGUUCAGAUUCCCACAGAUAUUUAUAAAGGAGCUCCGGUCAUUCUGAAUGAGCUGAACUGGACACAAGCGCUGGAGAAAGUGUUCAUGGAGAACAGUAGAGAGGAUCCGUCUCUGCUGUGGCAGGCGUUUGGGAGUGCGACAGGAGUCACUCGCUACUAUCCAGCAACACCUUGGAAAGUUCCUGAUAAAAUCGAUCUGUACGAUGUCAGGAGGAGGCCCUGGUACAUUCAGGGCGCCUCGUCCCCUAAAGACAUGGUCAUCCUCGUUGAUGUGAGUGGCAGUGUCAGUGGACUCACCCUGAAACUGAUCAAAGCAUCAGUGAUGGAGAUGCUGGACACUUUGUCUGACGAUGACUAUGUCAACGUGGCUCGGUUCAACGAGAAGGCUGAGGCCGUGGUUCCUUGCUUCAAACAUCUGGUCCAGGCCAACGUGCGCAACAAGAAGAUUUUCAAGGAUGCAGUGCAGCAGAUGCAGGCUAAAGGCACCACCGACUACAAGUCUGGCUUUCAUUUUGCCUUCAAUCAGCUGUUAAAUAAGACAAAUGUCCCCCGGGCUAACUGCAAUAAAAUCAUUAUGCUGUUCACUGACGGAGGCGAGGACAGAGCUCAGGAUGUCUUCAUGCAAUACAACUGGCCCAACAAAACGGUUCGAGUGUUUACCUUUUCGGUGGGUCAACAUAACUACGAUGUCACCCCUUUACAGUGGAUUGCCUGCACAAAUAAGGGUUACUAUUUUGAGAUCCGUUCCAUCUGUGCUAUAAGGAUUAACACCCAGGAGUACCUCGACGUGCUGGGACGCCCCAUGGUUCUGACAGGCAGCGAUGCCAAGCAGGUUCAGUGGACCAAUGUGUACCAGGAUGCUCUGGGUCUCGGCAUGGUGGUAACUGGGACUCUUCCUGUAUUCAAUCUCACCAUGGAUGGAAACUCACAGAAUCAGUUGAUAUUAGGUGUCAUGGGAGUGGACGUGCAUCUGGAUGAGAUAAAGCGACUCACACCGCGGUACAAUCUUGGGGCCAACGGAUACAUAUUUGCCAUUGAUCCAAAUGGAUAUCUGCUCCUUCAUCCCAAUCUUCAGCCAAAGCUCGUGAACCUUCCUGAACCUGUGACGCUGGACUUUCUGGAUGCAGAGGUGGAGGACAGCAAUAAAGAGGAGAUCCGACGCCAAAUGAUUGAUGGAAGACCAGGUGAAAUGCAGAUUAAAACUCUCAUCAAGUCCAUAGAUGAAUCCUACAUCGACGAGGUGUACAGAGGUUACACAUGGACUCCCAUCAACGGUACAGAUUACAGUCUGGGUCUGGUAUUACCCCCUUACAAUGAGUACUACAUCCAGGCAGACCUGAGUGAUGUGAUGCUGCAGCUCCAGUAUAUGCAGUCGUUGCUGCCCAGCUCCUUUGAGUCAUCAGGACACGUGUUUCUGGCUCCAAGGGAAUAUUGCAAGCGUCUGCAGCUCUCUGACAACAACACCCAGUUUUUGCAGAACUUCCUCUCCCUCAUGCUGGACAUCUCUCCAGAAUCUGAUGAGUGUGAUCAAGGCCUCAUCCACAACCUGAUUUUGGAUUCGAGGAUCAUUGGGCAGCUUGCUUCUCGUGUUUGGAAAAACAAGGACCUGAAUUCGUACGGCUUCCUGGCUGUCUUUGCAUCCACAGAUGGAGGAAUAACACGAGUAUUUCCCAACAUAGCUGCUGAGUUGUGGGAUGAAGAUCCUGAACCGUUCAACUCUAAUUUCUACAGACGGAGCCUCGACAACAGAGGCUACAUGUUCAGGCCUCCGUUCAGAUCCACUCUGGACGACCCAGUGGGAGCAGAAAACGGCACCGUUGGUAUUGUGGUUAGUUCAGCUGUGGAGGUUAAUUUAGGAGGCAAACUGCUCAAACCUGCAGUGGUCGGAGUGAAGCUGGACCUGGAAGCUUGGGUGGAUAAAUUUAAAAUCCUGGCCAGCAACGUGUCGGACAGCCGACAGGGUUCACACAAGUGUGGACCAUCCAGAAGCUGUGAGAUGGACUGUGAAGUGAACACAGACGACCUCCUCUGCUAUCUCAUCGAUGACGGUGGGUUCCUGGUUAUGUCCAAUCAGAGAGAUCACUGGAAGAAGAUCGGCCUUUUCUUCGGCGACGUGGACCCCUACCUGAUGCACGCGCUCUACAACAACUCCAUCUUCUCUCGGCGACAGUCUUUCCACUACCAGUCUGCCUGUGAGCCCGUCAGCAGCAGCCACACCGGAGCAGCACCAAGGGGCAUCUUUGUGCCGUCCAUCGCUGACGUCCUGAGCUUGGCCUGGUGGACGUCCACGGUGGCAUGGUCUGUGAUGCAGCAGCUUAUUUAUGGCCUGGCCUACAACAGCUGGCUCUACCGAGGUGAUGUCCUAGUUGAAGGUUUUGAAACAAAAGAAAGCAGCUGUGUGACCAUCCAAAGCCAGUUUUACUUCACAAACACCACAAACUCCUACAACGUGCUGCAGGACUGUGGAAACUGCUCUCGGCUGUUCCACGCGAAGCGGAUAGAAAGCACCAACCUGCUCUUUGUGGUCGCUGAGACGCUGCCCUGCAGCUCCUGUGAGAUAGAGAGACUGACCCAGAUCAGGACUGAGUUUCAGGAGGAAAAUCCAUGUGAAGUACUGAGCAAUGCACGAUAUCGUAAAGGCCCGACUUCCUGCUUUGACUACAGUGCCUUAGAAAACACGUCAGAGUGUGGACGGGGUCAUUCUCUGCAGUCCUCUAUAGGAGUCCUUCUCUUCAUUCAGCUGGCUCUGCCUCUCUUUCAUCUCUUACACGUACAAACACUCUGACAUUUUUCAUCUCUUUGGGUUUAGGCUCGGAUCUACCGAAGGUCAGAUCAAACAGCAAGUGCAAAAUUUUUUGAUCUGCAAACAGCUCACAGUGCAUUGUGCUCGGAAAGAAAACCCUGGAUCAGCUCUUAGUGUUCUUCUUUUUUUUUUUUUUUUUGCCUUAUUGCUUAUGCAGUCGUGGUGUUUCAGGGCUUGAGUGCAAAAUGUAGGAAGGGGAAUGUGUUGAGUGUGCAUGCUGCUUAAACUAGGACAAGCAUGCUUGAGUUUUUUUUUUUUCUUUCUGCACAUUGGCUCAGCAACAUCAUCAGUCAAGUCAGGUAGCUGCAAUGUACUUUUAAACAGGCCAAUGAACAAUCACCCAGCUGGAACGCACGUCAGUCACAAUCUGACUGUGGUGGCGACAUUCUAAAAGACCUAAAAACCUAUUUGGGUUUGUUUGCUUUAAAUACGCAGCAAUGUUUAGAGCUUUUUACAAGUAAAGUUGCAAAACGACCUUGUAGAAAUGUAGUAAAAGUCUUGCCAAAAAGUAAAAAUGAAUGAGAAAAUACACUGAAAAUAUCCACACACAAAUACUAAUUUGGCAGCAGAACUAAAUGAAUAUUAACAGCAUUAUAAUGUAGUUUACAUGUAGAGUCUUACAUAGCCAAGUCUGGUCCUGUAAGACUGUGAAUACCUGUAGAAUGGUCUAACUGCACCUCAUUGUCACUCAGCUAUAGAGGAAUAAACAUUCUGGCAUUUUCAACAGUUUACUGUGUAAAUUCUGAAAGUGAAAGAUAACUGGAUUGAUCACUUGAAGUACUAAAAGUUGCCCUGUGGGGUUUUCUGCUGCAGUUUCUGGAGACAAUCAGUGUUUUACAACAAAAACACGUUGAUUUCGUUCCCUUCCUCACACAGCAUAUGCAGAGCAGAUCUUUUUAGAGUAUAAACCUGUAUUCUUUACAUCCAUUACAGCCAUCUUCUCCCAUAUCGCCUGGGUAUGGUGUGCCUGCAUGUAAGAACUAAUACAAAUGUGGCUCUGUAGUGCUUCUAGUGGUGCAAAACUCCACAGGGUAACUUUAACGCUACGUUCACAAUGAUACGCUCUCAUUUUGAAUUAGUCUUUAGGGUUGGUUGUUUAGGUGCAAAAAAUACUACGGAGGAAGAACAGUAAUGGCAGAAAGUAAGAGUGGAGAUUUAACUGCACAACAGCUCAGUUGUUCUCCAUAUUUAACUAACCUCUGGCAGUCAAGGCUGAUGAUUUUGUUCUCUUUCAGAAAACGUUCACAUGAUAACAGCCCAAUAAAUGAAACAACAACUGAUUCGACCCAGUCAGGAAGUGAAAGUGGGUGUGUCUGUCAUAGUAUCCAACAGGCUUUUUUUCUGUCCAUCCAGAGUUUUCAAACUAAAACGAGGUCAGCAUUGUUUCCAAGAGUUUGCAUAAUAGGGAUCCUAAAAUACAGGAGCAGUGCAGAUAGUUGGCAUAAACUUACCAGAAGUUCUGCGUUUUAAAAUGGAAACACAUUAUUGUGGGUGUAGAGGUUGAACUUCAUGCAUUCAGGUAAAAUAGACACAAGAGUUACUUCUCAAUGCUCCAUUUGCUAGCUUUUAUCCAGACGAGCUCAGUGAUUGGACAAACAGCAUCAAGUUUGUAACGAUGGUAGUGAGAUUUUUUAAAUCUUUCGUCACUACCUUGCUGCAGAACUUUGAAUAUUCAGUCAUUUAUGUGGAUUUUUAGCUGUAGACGUAUCACCGUUGACGUGUUCUGGAUGCCAAACCUGAGUAAUUAACUGCGGUCCAAGAUAUUCACACAGGCAGAGGACAGUUUGAAAUCAUGCACAGCCUUGAAAAUGUAAAUAAAAAUAGACUGAAUAUGCUGCUGGAUGAGCUUCAGACUACCACCCGCAGUUUGCUUAGAUGCUGCUUGUGGCAACUUGCUUUUGUUGGCUUAAAAUAAAUCUGCUGGGCCUGUUUUCAUUUGCAUGUCGAGUCCUGGCGGAGUGUCUUUGCACACACAGUACUGGAGCUCCUGUUUUUACACGAUGGUAGAUCCGGGCCUUAACCUCACAUUCACUUCAGUGUCUUUCAAUCCACCUCUGACUUUUGCCAAGACAGUUUUAGCACUAUAAAUUAUAUCAUACAUGACAGGACCCUGAAUGAUUCCCUCUGCUCUCUUGUGCUCUGUCUCUUAUGUCUUUAAACCCAACCAGAUUUUAAACAGAACUUUGAUGAAAAGUUCACUUUUUUUUGCCCGACAGCUUUUUUUCCAGAGCACUUAUGAGACAAGAGAUGAGAAACGCCAAAUGGAUGAAAAGCACCAGUGACUUUUCAUGACACAUAUCAGCGAAGAAACAUCCGUGAGGUUUCAUUGUGAUGCAGGAUUGUUAAAGUCGAGGUUUGCUUUGUUGAAAUGCUUCCACAGAUGCUUGGUUUGAUCUUGAAAUGCUUCCAGUUGAGUGAGAUGUGGUCCAAGGAUGUAAAAUCUAACAACAGACGGCCAAAAUCAUCCAACAUUAAUACGUAGAUUUUGUGAAGUGGUCGUGCAUCCUUGGUGGGCUACAAUAUGUUGUAACACUGCACAGUGUUUAGUGCAAUAAUGCUAUGACCAUUGGAGACUUUAUUCUAGCCGUAAUAUUCGAUUUAUGAUCACAAGAGAAGUGAUUUAAAAGCAGUGUUAUCGGUGUCUAACAGCACACAAUGUGCAGAAGUUACUGUGUGGCCAAUAUGUUUUUAAACAUCUGUUGUUUGGGAAGCUCUUUGUUCUUUUUUGUAUCUUGUAUUGCCACUAUUUGUUAAAUCUGAAUUUAUGCACUUAUGUAUGCUUCUGUAUGGGGAAUGUAGCUUCUGAACAGCUUUCGGUGUUAUCAAUAUGUUAUCGAUGUGUGAUGCUUUUGGAUCCUCUGUCCAGUUUCCCCUGAUGUCUCACUGAAUAUGAUGAUUCACUGUGGCAGAACAUUUCUGUUUUAUCAUGUAUACGACACCAAGGAGAGAAAUCUGAUGCAACAGUUGCAAGAAAUGAUGCAUUUAAACAUCAGAUUAAUUUGCAGAAUUGAUUUGAUUCAGUUAAAAACUGACCCUGUAACUCAGAUUAAUGACAUUUAAAUGGGCUGCAAUGAUUUUAUUUUUGAUUUUAGAUGCUGAUUAACCUGACAGUUUGUAUUUUCAAUUAUUUAAUUUGCCAUUUUGUCUUUAAAUCAAGUUUUAAAAAAAAACACACACAUAAAAAUAACAAAAAGCAACCCAUCUCAGUUUCUCUGAUUGCUGACAUCUAACAUCUGAAAAUAAUAAUUAAUUUGACAUUAAAAUGAAAUAUUUUCUCACUGGAAAAAUGUGGGCGUUUCUGGAUUAAUUAAUUAUUCAGAUUCAGAAUUGAUUAAGUGUCAGUUGCCUAAUUUGUUACCAGUGGUUUCUGCUCUACAUACAGUAUGUUUUCUGUGUAAAUGUUUGCCACCAGAAAAGUUCAUUUACUGUUAAGGCUUCUUUAAAAUCUCCUUUCCCUCCUGACGUCAUUCUGCACAGUGAAGCUCAAACAUCCUAGAGCAGCAAAAGGAGAAACAUAUUUCAGAGCGACAUUGAGGAGGUCGGUGUAUACAUGAUAAAAUCCAGAAAACCAUUUCCCACAGUGAUUCAUUCAGUCGUGUGUUUUUGUGUUCUCCGUUGAUCCGGUCGCAGAGUUAACGGGGGAUAUUUUUAAAAAGCUUUUUUGACAAACUAUUUGUAAACCGCUGUUUUUCUCCGUCUGCCUGGUGUUCCGCCCUGCAGUGCCUUGUUGCACUCGUCUUUUUGGAUGGCAGGAACAUUUGGAUCUUAGAUGUGGACAUUGAUCCUGCAGGCCUUGGAAGGGUUGCGACGGUUCAGCUCUGAAAGGACUUCUCAGUCAGAGAAUCUGAAAAAGAUGCUCUUCAUGAACUUAGGAGACACUUUUAAAUGGAGCACAGUUGUGAAGGAGCAGCUGGCCUCCCCUCCCGCCUUCUCGUGGACACAUGUUUGUCAAAGGAACCCUGCUGCCCUCCUGCUCCGUGUCGUUUAUCUCUACACUGUGGUUCAGCCUCGAAUCAAAGCACAGACACUGUCCAUUUUCAUAGAUUUCUACUUCGUCCCAUCUGCUCACUGUAUAUCCUCUAUUUGACGCCUGUCGGAAACAUGUACUUUCAGUUGGGACUGACUGAAAUGCGUGAAUGUUUAUGUACAGUGAACCUACUGUUUGUGCAUCUCUGCCGUACCCGAGCAUGGCGGGACCCAGAGAGGCAGAAUUAAAGCUCAACACUGAUCGAAGACCUCAGCACCAACACUGCUUUCAAGAAAACGGACAGACAACAGACAACAGACCUGCCACACUACCUUCAGGUCGUUUUGCAUUAUCAAAACAGCACAGUGGAGGAAAGACGUUUUGUGGAGCUCUUUAUAGCCAGUACAGUACAAUAUAUUCCUACUAUUGAGGUCAGUGUUGUAGUUUUUGUUUAAGACUUACUGGUAUUUAUUUGCAUGAUAUUUUGAACAUUUACAGAUUUGUGUACAUAGUCUGAUGGAUAUUUUACAUUCCUGUCCGCAUCCGGCUCCCCAGCUCCGUCGGGGGGGAAGCGAUUGUGUCCUCUGGGGUCAUUUCCGGUGACGUGGAGGCCGACGACGAGCUCUCUGCUGUGUUUGAACCAAUGAAGCUGAAAGUUUGACUUCAGUGAAGCCCAAAGUAACUGUCAGUGUUUGCAACUUAGGUCUCUUGCAGCAAGAAAAAGCACACAUGAGUUUAGAAUCAUGAGCAACAUACUGCCUGAUUGAUCUUUAUUCAUUUGUUUAGGAACAAAAAAAGGGUCUCCAAGUGAUAUAAAAACAUGAUUUAUGCAUUUAAAGGCUGUACAACGAGCAAAUAAGGCAGUGGCAUGUGUGGGGACGCCCCUUUAUUGAUUAACUUUGUUUCUGUAGUAGAUUUAAGUGUUGCUUUUUUCAUUUCCUUCUGGUUUAUUUGAUAUAUUUAUUGAUUUGGGUAUCGUGAGUAAUCUUUGUAUUAAACAGAAAGGAACUGAAUGUGUUUGAAGCUUGCGUGAGCACAAGAAGCAGUUUACAAGAAAAAUAGCAAAACAGACAGAAAUGACUUCUAUAUCCUGUACGUCUCUGUCCUUUGAUUUACUGAGUAUCCAACGAUGAGAAUGUUCACGUUUUUGCUGUAACUUUUGCUUUACAUUUUGCUGACGUUGUUGUUUACUCGGGACAGUUUCCUCUCUUUGUGCCAGUCUCCAAACGCCACCUCAUUUUUGUACAGACAAUGUGAAGCAGUCAGCGGAAGAUGAAGGCCAACUUUGUAAAGAUUUUGUCAGUCACAUUACAGAAUGGAUAUUUAAAUGUUUAUAUCUUUGGUGAUUAAAUGCUAUUGAUAUUUUUCACUUCA